CAAGUUUCUUCGCAUAUCCAGAACGAGUUACAGACAUGAAACACAUCCAACGAAUCACUCUAGUGUUUUUCUUUGUUGGGCAGUUACUCGAAAAAGUAAAUUGUUCGAACGACGGACAAGUGACGAAUUCUGUGCUGAUUAGUGAUUAUAUUAACGCACACAAUCUGAAAAUUUGUGUACUUUCGUCCUGCAAUGGCAACUUGGAAUUAUUAAACAGUUUCAAUGGAAAAAGUGAUACAUGGUACAGUUUCACAGACAUUGCAGUUCAGUCCGUCGAAUUCGACAUACUGUUCACGAGAUUUUCGCAUCAGAUUGGCGUUGUGGUUGAUUUAAGUUGUGCGGAAAUUGUAGAAUUUCUGCGCGAAAUAUCGAAGAGGAUAUUUUUCCACCGAGAACGUUAUUGGCUUUUGUUUUCACCGGAUAUGAAUCGGACUGAAGACGUGCUUCAACAGCUAAAUGUUAAUGCAGAUGCAGAAAUCACAGUAGCAAUACCAGUCGAGGAUAGUGCCAGAAAGAAUUAUCGGUUAUAUGAAGCGUUUAAUCCAUGUUCUGAAAGAGGUGGUCUACUGAAUGUUACCCAAAUCGGAACAUGGACUCUAAGAGAUGGUAUAAAUUUGGCUCUAAAUAAAACUAAAUUUGAAAAUCGACGUGAUUUUCAAGGAAUAACGUUUAAGGGUGUUGUGACGAUUCCAGAGAUUCCCAACCGCGAAACGUUUCUUCAACACCUUGAAUCCGUUGAAUUUCCCCAUCUGAAUACGAUCAGCCGCUUUAAUUAUCGGAUAUUUCAAAUAGUGCAGCAAAUGUUCAAUUUCAAAAUAUUUCUUCAGCGAGCUGACAGUGAUGGUGAUCUGAAAAAUGGACGUUGGCAGGGUGCCAUCGGCAUGAUUAAUCGUCGGGAAGUUGACAUCUCCGUAUCGGGAUAUCGAUGGAAAGACGAGUAUUACGACGCAUUUGAAGCUACAAUCAAUUCGUACGCAACUCGACCGAAAUUCAUAUUUCGCCAUCCGAAAUUGGUUGAUUCGUCCAGGGUUUUCACGGAACCAUUCAAGAAUAUUGUAUGGGUUUACAUUGUGGUUGUGUGUAUACUAUCGGCCUACUUUUUGCGGCAUAUUUUCACGGCCGAAAAUCAUAAGAAAGUCAAAGUAAAUUUCGGAAAUCAGUCCAUCAAUGAUGAUUCUUGGAGCAAUUCUUUGCUGCUCGUUUUUGGUAUACUGUUCCAACAAGGAUACUCCAUCGAACCGUUAAUGAUCUCGUCUCGAAUUCUCACUCUGAGCAUACUGGUGUUCUCCGUCCUAGUUUCACAAUUCUAUUCAGCAUUUAUUGUUGGAUCAUUGCUGACCGAAGCUCCAAAAUCUAUUAAAACAGUUAAACAACUCGAUCGCAGCAAAUUAAACUUCGGUAUCGAUGAUUCGGCUUACGUAUUGGAAAUAUUUGACCAAAGCAAUGAAGAUUCAAUCGUUAAAUUACGCGAGCGAAUCAUGAAGAACGGUGACAAGGCUGUCAUGGAUUUAUACGAGGGGUUGGAUUUGAUGAAGAGAGGUGGAUUUGCCUUUAAUACAGAUGCAACUUCUUCCUAUUUAAAAAUCAAAAAGAUCCUAACCGAUAACGAAAUUUGUGACCUUCAAGACAUCGUGUACACCCGCGAAACUCCUAGUGGACCUGUAGUGCCCAAGAAAUCUCCGUUAACUGAAUGGAUAAAGAUCAGCAUUUUAAGAAUGGGCGAAGCUGGUAUAUUAGCGUACCACUCAAAAAUUUGGAUUGGAACUAAGCCAGAAUGUCCACUCAGCAUAGUACACUUUGUGCCAGUCGACUUAUUGCAUUUUUCCACCGCAUUGUACUUGAUCAUUUUCGGAAUUAUUUUGAGUUUUUUGAUUUUGUUAGCUGAAAUUUUGGUGCAUAGUUUCCAAAUUUCAAACAGAGAAAUUAACACGAAAGCGAUUUUGAUGAAAUGGCAUACUUUAAGAGAAUCAGACAACAAAUUAAAUUAAUGUUGCCGUUGACGCUUGAUGCGCUCAUAAUAGCUUGAAAUAAAUUGUA